GCCGGCAGAGCCGCCGCCCGCGCUCGUCCCGGCCGUCUCGCCUCCCCGCCCCGUCCUCCAGCCAUGCCUCCCCGGCCGCGCGCCGCCUCGCUGGCCGCCCUGCUGCUGCUGCUCCUCUGCGGGGCCCGCGCCGUGCGCGGCGACACCCCCGCCAACUGCACCUACCCCGACGUGCUGGGCACCUGGGUGCUCCGCGCGGGGCCCAGCGGGGCGCGGGGCGACGCCAACUGCUCCGCGAUGGGACCAGUGGAAAAAGAAGUAGUGGUGCAUCUUAAGAAGUUGGAUACAGCAUAUGAUGAACUGGGCAAUUCCGGGCAUUUUACCCUCAUUUACAACCAAGGUUUUGAGAUCGUCUUGAAUGACUACAAGUGGUUUGCCUUCUUUAAGUAUGAAGUCAAGGGCAAACAGGUGACCAGUUACUGCAAUGAGACAAUGGCUGGAUGGGUGCAUGAUGUCCUGGGCCGGAACUGGGCUUGUUUCACUGGGGAGAAGGUGGAAAGCAGUUCUGAGAGUGUGAACAUGAAUGUGGCCCACAUCUCAAGGCCUCAGAAAAACUAUCUUAAUAGACUCUACAAAUACAACCACAACUUCGUGAAAAUGAUCAAUGCCAUUCAGAAGUCUUGGACUGCAACAACAUACAUGGAAUAUGAGACUCUGAGCCUGCGGGACCUGAUGAGGAGAAGUGGUAGCCACAAUCACAGAAUUCCAAGGCCCAAACCUGCGCCAUUGACUGCUGAAAUACAAGAGGAGGUUUUACAUUUGCCUAAGUCUUGGGAUUGGAGAAAUAUUCAUGGUGUCAAUUUUGUUAGCCCUGUUCGAAACCAAGGACCUUGUGGAAGCUGCUACGCUUUUGCCUCCAUGGGUAUGCUAGAAGCAAGAAUUCGUAUAUUAACCAACAAUACUCAAACUCCAGUGUUGAGUCCCCAGGAGGUUGUAUCUUGCAGCCAGUAUGCUCAAGGCUGUGAAGGCGGGUUCCCCUACCUCGUGGCCGGGAAGCACGCCCAGGACUUCGGGGUGGUGGAGGAGGCCUGCUUCCCCUACCAGGGCACCGACGCCCCGUGCGCGCCCCGGAAGGACUGCUUCCGCUACUUCUCCUCCGAGUACCACUACGUGGGCGGCUUCUACGGGGGCUCCAACGAGGCCCUGAUGAAGCUGGAGCUGGUCCGCCACGGGCCCCUGGCGGUGGCUUUCGAGGUCCACGACGACUUCCUGCACUACCGCGGCGGCGUCUACCAGCACACCGGCCUGCGCGACCCCUUCAACCCCUUCGAGCUCACCAACCACGCCGUGCUGCUGGUGGGCUACGGCACCGAGCCCAAAGCGGGCCUGGAUUACUGGAUCGUGAAGAACAGCUGGGGCACCAACUGGGGGGAGAACGGCUACUUCCGGAUCCGCCGGGGCUCGGACGAGUGCGCCAUCGAGAGCAUCGCCAUGGCCGCCACGCCCAUCCCCAAGCUGUGAGGCUGCCUAGCGCGCCUGCGCCUACGCCUGCGCCUGCGCCUGGCCGGCCAGCAGGCGCCAAACCCAUCCCCGAGCCGUGAGGCUGCCUAGUGCGCCUGCGCGCCACAGUGAACGCCACGCCCAUUCCCCCCCUAAGCUGUGAUGCCUCCCUAGUGCGCAGGCGCCCAGCUGCCCGGAAAGCGCUGAGGUCUUGCACACUUGAGACUUGUUACAGCAACUUCAGAAGCUGGCAAAGAGGUCACCGUGCUAUCUUUGAAAUUAAAACCACCCUGAUAUUUUUGCAGCCUUUCCCAUGAGCCACUGGCCUUUGUUUCUCUGGGUACUAACGGAACAUUUUGAGGGGUGCUGGGUAAGCUGAAGUGGUGGAUUUGACUGAUCGUUUGUUGAUGCCAUGCUUGUGUAAAGCCUGUGUCAAAGCACGGAGCUCAUUUUACAGUUGCGCGAGUCGCCAAGAAAGGAUGCCAGUGAUGGUUAAACUUUUUUUAGAGAUGUUAAUAAAGGUUGAUGUGAUUAUAUUGA